AUGCUUACCAUAGGCUACCACCUGGUUGUCUGUGGUAAACUGUGGUACAGCACUGUAGGUGUUGGGAAGCAUGGUCUGAAGCAGGACACAUCUGGAGCUGGCUCGGGAGUCCCCGGGCCUCCAAGGAGGUCAGAGCCUUUGGGUUCUCAGGCUCUUGUGCAUCCAAGCACUGCUGUAAUGCCACGGAAGAGUAGACAACACAAUGGGGGUCCACAGGAUGGAUCUAGCCCAGGGCUGAGGGUGAAAAGGGAGAGCUGUGGCUGGCUGGUCCAGCAGGUAGAGUCCUUGGCUAGAGGGAACUCAGCAGGAUACAGAAGAAAAAAUGCCAAUGGAAUUAACCAACCAGCUUUCUUCUCUGGAGUCCAGGGUGGCUCCAUUGAGAUCCCUUUUUCCUUCUGCUUCCGCUGGGAGUUGGCCAAGGAUCCACAGAUGAGCAUAGCCUGGAGAUGGAAAGAGUACCAUGGGAAAUUCAUCUACAACUCCACUCUACCUUUCAUUCAUGAGCACUUCAAGGACGGGCUCAUCCUGAACUGGACACAGGGUCAGAUAUCUGGACUCCUCAGAAUCCUUAACUUGAAGGAGAAUGACCAGGCCACAUACUUCUGUAACAUCUGCCUGAGCACCACAGAAGAUAGGAAGAGAUGGCAGUGGAUUCCUGGGACCCAACUCUCCAUCGUCCAUGCACUCAGCACCACCAUGAGGAUCCCCUCCAUCAUCUCUUCUGCAGUCUUCACAACUGGUCUGGAGGACACAGGAGGUCAGAUGAAUCAUUCACUGCUGAAUCUGGUAGCCAUAGAAGGGAUGGUCAUGGCCAAAGUUGUGGUCACCUUCCCCAUCUACGGGUGGAUGAUUUUCUGUUGUGGAAGCAAAGGCCAGCAGAGGAAAGACUAA